AUGAGCUUCAGGUCCAGUCUAUCAGCGAUCUAUAUCGCCGUACUCAUCCUAGCGGGUUCAGUCGACUCUGCCUCUGUCACUAUCAGCCGUUCAGGAUGGACCGCAACGUCGGACAGUUUCCAAGCUGGUAAUGAGCCUUUUAAAGCGCUCGAUGGAAAUGCGACAUCGUUCUGGCACUCAAAAUAUGAUCCCGCGCCAGCCGACACUCUACCAAACUGGAUCAUCGUGGACAUGAAAGCAUCCUAUAACAUCAACGCCGUCAGUCUCCAGCCACGCCCAAGCGACAACGCCAAUGGCAGGAUUGGAGGACACAGGAUCGAGAUUAGUACCGACAACUCGAGCUGGAAGGUCGUCGCUGUCGGCACAUACAACAACGAUGCCACGACCAAGAAGACUUCCUUCGUCGCGAAACCGGCACGAUAUGUUAGGAUCACAGCUACCUCAGAAGCUCAAAGCGCCGUCAACCAAUGGACCACCGUCGCUGAGAUCAACAUCUUCCAGGAUACAGCAUACGCUCCGCCAGCGGCAGGCAAAGGCUUGUGGGAGAAGACUGUGGAUUUCCCGCUUGUACCGGCAGCUGUCUCAUUACUCCCGAACGGAAAGGUACUGAUGUGGUCGGCCUUCGCGAAGGACAACUUUGGCGGAUCCAGAGGCUUCACCCAAACAGGCAUUUAUGAUCCUGCUACGGGCGAGUCGAGCCAGCUUCAGGUCUCCAAUACACAGCACGACAUGUUCUGCCCAGGUAUCUCCCUGGACUUCAACGGCCGUGUUAUCGUUUCGGGGGGCAGCGACGCUGCAAAGACCAGCAUCUAUGACCCUUCUAGUGACGCUUGGACCCCAGGAAGCGACAUGCGGAUCGCUCGGGGGUACCAAUCUACCGCUACUUGCUCCGACGGGCGCAUCUUCAAUAUCGGCGGAUCAUGGAGCGGCAACAGGGGUGGCAAGAACGGAGAGAUCUAUAGCGCUACUGCAAAUACUUGGGCUCUGGUACAGAAUGCGCUCGUCAGCCCUAUGCUUACAGCUGAUACUGCGGGCGUAUAUCGUUCGGAUAACCAUGCCUGGCUCUUUGGAUGGAAGAACCAGACGGUAUUUCAAGCCGGCCCUUCGAUCGCCAUGAACUGGUACGAUACUGUCGGAUCUGGAAGUACCACAGGUGCUGGUAACCGCUUGGAUGACGGGGAUGCCAUGUGUGGCAAUGCGGUCAUGUUCGACGCCACAGCCGGAAAGAUACUCACUGCAGGAGGUGCUGCAAACUACGAAAACAGUGACGGACGCACAAGUGCCUAUGUCGUCACGAUAGGUGCACCAAAGACUAACCCAACCGUCGCCAAAACCCAGUCUAUGACCUAUCCGCGUGGUUUCGCGAAUGGUGUCGCGCUUCCUGACGGAACAGUCUUCGUUGCUGGUGGACAAUCGCGUCUGCACCCGUUCAACGACGACACGGCGCAGCUGACUCCGGAGCUGUGGGACCCCACUACUGGAAGAUGGACACAGUUGAACCCCAUGCAAAUUCCCAGGACAUACCACUCCGUAGCAAUCCUCAUGCCGGAUGCGACCGUCUUCGUCGGCGGUGGCGGCUUGUGCGGUUCUUGCGGUGCCAACAAUCACUUCGACGCCGAGAUCUUUGUACCGCCCUACCUUCUGAACGCUGACGGUACAAGACGCGCACGUCCUGUCAUAAGCACCGUAGCCACUACUGCCAGACUCGGCGCGAAUUUGAGCAUCACCACGACUGCGGCUGUUACCAAGUUCUCGCUGGUGAGGUUUGGCACCGCCACUCAUACCGUUAACACCGAUCAAAGAAGGAUCGCAUUAACGAUGUCGGGUAGCGGUACGAGCUAUACGGUGGCUAUUCCGGGCGACCCAGGAGUCGCGUUGCCUGGAUACUGGCUUUUGUUCGCGAUCGACGCCAACGGCACGCCUAGUGUGGGCAAGACGAUCAAGCUCGCUUUGUAG